CAAAUGAGUGGUCAGAUAUCUUUUACUCAUGGCUACAUCUCCCAACCUUUACAUGGCUGCCCUUUUUCUUCUUCUUGGAUUGCUCACAGCAAUCCUAGGAACAGGAGCACAAUCCAUAGGUGUUUGUUAUGGAAUGUUGGGCAACAACUUACCUCCAGUGCAGGAAGUUGUCGAUCUUUACAAGUCCCUGAACAUCCAACGGAUGAGAAUCUAUGAUCCGAAUCAGGCCGCUCUCAACGCCCUUCGUGGGUCCAACAUCGACGUCAUCGUCGGCGUCCCCAACGACAAACUCCAAGAGAUGGGGACCAACCCUUCCUAUGCUAAUACAUGGGUUGAUACAUACAUCAAGCCCUACUGGCCUGCUGUUAGAUUCAGGUACAUAGCCAUCGGCAAUGAGGCAAUACCGGGUCCAAAUGCCCAAUACAUACUUAAUGCCUUACAAAAUAUGUACAAUGCGAUUGCACGGGCCGGCCUCAAUCAGAUCAAGAUCUCGACCGCGAUCCACAUGGCUGUCCUAGAAAUCUCCUACCCUCCAUCACAUGGUUCAUUCUCGGCGGAGGCGGCCCAGUACUUGAAUUCCAUCAUCAGCUUCAUAAACAGCCGGCAGGCCCCACUCCUGGCCAAUGUAUAUACCUACUUCAGUUACGCCGACAACCCGAGGGACAUCUCUCUACCAUACGCCCUAUUCACAUCGCCGGGGGUUGUUGUGUAUGAUGGAUCACUUCAAUACCAAAACCUGUUUGAUGCAAUGGUGGAUGCACUCUAUUCAGCUGUGGAGAGGGUGGUUGGUUCAAACAUGGAGAUUGUGAUAUCGGAGAGCGGUUGGCCAUCGGCAGGCGGGUUUGCGGCGACGAUAGGCAAUGCACAGACGUAUAAUAAUAACCUGAUCAAGCACGUCGGCCGUGGGACUCCGAAGAGACCUGGGAAGGCUAUUGAGACUUACAUAUUUGCCAUGUUCAAUGAAAAUCAGAAGCAGCCAGCAGGUAUUGAACAGAAUUUUGGGCUAUUCUACCCAAACAAACAGCCAGUAUACAACAUCAACUUCACUCCUAGCAUGCAAGAUGAUGGAAUUUUCAGUAUCAUUUCUGAUGUGAUUUCGUUUUAAGAUGUCAUUUUUCAUAUAAAGUUGGAUCUAUCUACUGAAUGUUUUAAGAUGAUUAUUGGACCUAUUUUAUCUUGUCUUGUCAA